AAGCUCAUGAACCCGUGCAAACGCGGGCCCGAGUCGGAUCCAGGGGAAGUUGGAUUCUGCGCAUCCUGGGUUUCGGGGUUCAUCGGAACUCAAAUUGCUUCAUCCACACGAACGGUCGUCGGCAAUCCCGCAAAGGGUUAUUUAUCAUGCUGUUUUGGUAAAAAAGUCUUCAGUCGCUGAUAAGCCGGUCGUAGGGCAAGUUAUCCAAUCGGAAGCGGGAUUUCGGUGCUGUGUAGUAUGGUUGAAGGAGAUGCUCCGGAUGCCGGUAGAAGUCAGUUCACGACUGCAUCAAGCUAAUGGAAUGUGAAAGGCCCGUACAUGGUCCGAAACGCAAAGAAUCGAGAGUGUUGAAAGUGCGGAAGUUAAUUAAAUAUGAAUGGCUCAAUGGCAGAUCGGAAUUCUUCAUCUUUGAUUUAUGAGAAGUUAAAGUAUAACGACGGUUUCGAGUUCUGUGACGGGAAUGUGGAAAAUUUAAAUGAGUUUCAAUUGAAGUUGUGCUUUGAUAGUGGAGAUGUGCGGCGGGAAGGGCUGCGGCCGUCCCUCGGGAACAGAACUUCGGCUAACCUGGAAUAUCCACCGGACUCAUCAAGUGCCAUGGAAUGGGGUUACAUGAUUGGAGAUUUCCUCACAUUCUACUACACUCCGGCGCUGGUCGUUAGUGGGAGCAUUGGGAAUAUCCUGUCAGUACUGGUGUUUUUCAAUACAAAGUUAAAGAAGUUAUCCUCAUCCUAUUACCUGGCCGCACUUGGCAUCAGUGAUACGUGCUUCCUGUUGGGACUGUUCGUGACAUGGUUAAGCUUCUUCCAGAUCCACAUCUACACGCGUGAAGUGUACUGCCAGUUGUUUACCUUCUCCAGUGGUUUGAGCAGUUUUCUAUCGGUGUGGUAUGUGGUGGCGUUCACAUUCGAGCGGUUUAUCGUCGUCCUGUAUCCCUUGAAGCGCCAAAGCUGGUGUACGGUGCGGCGAGCCAAGCUGGUCAUUGUCGGGCUUACCUUUCUGGGUGGAUUACAUAGUGCUCCGUACGUUUUCUUCGCGGGGCCACAGUUCUCCGAACGGACCAAUGCUACCAUAUGUGAUGUACGAGAGGAAUAUAAGGCCCAGAUGAUCAUAUUCAAUUACCUCGACACGGUAAUCGUGUUUGUAGUGCCAUUUACAAUCAUCCUGGUGCUGAACUCCAUCACGGGUUUCACGGUGUGGCGGGUGGCCGGCCUUCGUCGAAGCAUGACACUGAUACGGCGCAAGCCCUCCAGUUUCGAAAUUCGUAGACAGCUGAGCAUGCAGCGGACCUGUCCCCAUCCCAAUGGACGCAACAACGUUCUCAAGCAAAGGCCCGGUAAGGACAUAAGCCGUGACUAUCCUCCUCCUAAAGAUCAGUACAGUCCCAUUUCGGUGUCUUUUCUUUAUCUGUUCAUGGCAGGUAUCGGUCGGAUGGUCAACUCACAAAUGAAGGUUACCAAAAUGCUGCUGAUAGUGUCGUCGGUUUUCGUCUGCCUCAACUUGCCGAGCUAUCUGAUGCGGGUCCGUGCGUUCAUCGAGACCGAACCGUCUAGUUUGACGAUACUCGUCCAGUACUACUGCUACCUAUUCUUCAUAACCAAUUUUGGGAUCAACUUCAUACUCUACUGCAUAAGUGGUCAAAACUUCAGAAAAGCUGUGAUAGAGAUGUUCCAUCGGAAGCGGAGAGCUAAAGCCAACCAGGAUCAUUUCAGCGGAGGAACACAAACCGAGAUUCUCCGCAGCUCGGGAUCGCAGCUGCCCCUGAAACGGUCCAACACCGCCACCCAUCGGUCGAUGGCCGGCUCCUGGCGGGAGUUUUCGGAUAGUCCCUCCUCGAUCUGCCAUCUGCCAUGACGGCGACGACGGGACAGGAAAAUGCCACCGGCCAGUCAACUGCUCUUGCCAAGACGUCGUCGCCACCACCGUUGCCACAGCUCGCACCCUUCCGAUGAACACGCGGUCGAACAGGAUUCGGUGUAGGAAAAAAAGGACAUCCGAUGUCAUCGUCGUCGAUUGGAUAAAUUUCUUUCCUCCCAUCGCAUCGCUUCGCAUGCUGCCAUCCACUCAACAUACAACGAAACCAAAGAAACUGCAGCAACAGCCUCAGAUGGUGUCGUCGGAUUUGGGCUCAUGUUUCUCCACAAGUUCAGCCGAAGAAAGCUGCUACAUACGCUUUUCCCUUGUACCAAAUAAAACAUUUUUACGAGAUUUACUUUACCGAGGGAUUUAUUUUGUUUGCUGGUCGGUUGGCGAAGAACGAGGAAACGAUUUUGGGGCCUGGUGGAAAGUUGAGCCGUACCGGAAGCGCAAAAAAAGUCAUGAAAAAGACAACUGCAGUUUUAGGGACACUGGACAGCGCUGUGGGGUUUAAUAUACCUAUAAAUAUAUUUGCUGAUUGCCGGCAUGGAAAACGCUGUUUGUUCUUAUUCUGUUUAAGGGCACCAUUGUGUCAUUCUCAUUUAACUGAAUAAAAAUAAUUGAGGCAUAAUUGUUUCA